AUGGCUACCCUCAAGUCUGGCGACACGUUCCCCAGCGACGUUGUUUUUAAGUACAUUCCCUGGACCGAGGAAAGUGACGAGAUCACUUCCUGUGGUAUCCCCAUCAACUACAACGCCUCUAAAGAGUGGGCCAACAAGAAGGUUGUCUUGUUCUCAGUUCCCGGUGCCUUCACCCCAACUUGUUCAGUCAACCACGUUCCCGGAUAUAUUAAGAACCUGCCAAACCUCCGUGAGAAGGGAGUGGACAUUGUCGCUGUCGUAGCCUUCAAUGAUCCCUUCGUGAUGAGCGCCUGGGGAAAGGCGAACCGUGUUCGCGGGGACGAUAUUCUUUUCCUCUCGGACCCGGAUGCGAAGUUUUCGAAGAGCAUUGGUUGGGCUGAUGAGGCUUCGGGCCGUACUGGCCGGUACGCGAUCGUUAUUGACCACGGCAAGGUCAGCUAUGCCCAAAUUGAGACCGAACGGGGUGCUGUCAAGAAAUCUGGCGCCGAUGCGGUUCUUGCCUCCCUGUAG